AGGCCAGAUUAACAGAAUGACAUUCAGUUUUAUUAAAAUAUAUAGAACAGUUAUCAUUACACUUCAUUACAGACUUCAGACAACUUGGAUCUUUUGGAAAAUUUUAAAUGCUUCAAAAUGAGUAGGAAUAAUAAGAUGUCCAAUGAGAGAGAGCCACUAAUCAACAGAAGCCUAAGUGGAGAUGUAACACCAGCGAUUGAAUUGAGCAAGUUUGAACAGUAUAUACGCCCUUGCUUUGCUGAAUUUUUAGGGGUAACUUUAUUUGUGUUUAUUGGAUGUACAUCUGUGGAAGGAACUGGUGGAAACAUAGUGGGAAUCGCCAUAGCUCACGGUUUUACAAUAGCUCUGCUAGUAACUGCUACAGGAGCAAUAAGUGGAGGACAGUUAAACCCUGCUGUAACUAUUGGUGUUUUUCUGGCUGGUGCAAUAUCUGCAAUUAAAGCUGUCUUGUUCAUACUAUCACAAGUAGCUGGAGGUGUUCUGGGUGCAGCACUUUCAAGAGGUGUUCUGGGUAACAAUGUAUACCACAACAUCACAGGCGGAGCUCAUCAGCUUGGUCCCAACACCACAGUGGGGGAAGGGCUGUUAUGUGAGGUGAUGCUGACAACCAUUCUUGUCACUGUUGUCCUCACUACUGCAGUAGACGAUGGUACAAAGAGUGUGGUAGCACCUCUAGCUAUUGGCUUUACUGUGGUAGUAGAUAUUCUUGCAGGUGGCGCACUAACUGGAGCCUCAAUGAACCCUGCACGAAGUUUUGGUCCUGCUGUUGUUGUGACAUCUUUUGACAGUAGUAUUUGGCAAAACCAUUGGAUUUAUUGGGUCGGCCCUGCACUGGGAGGUUUACUGGCUGGGAUUAGUUACAGAUUAAUCUUAGCAAGCCCUAACCAUAGAUUUUUGAAACGAUAGCAUCAAGCUUCCUACCAAUCAUGCAAACAUGGAAAGAAAUGAAAGUGUUAAGAAGCUCAUAAAAUCAAGGACAACUUAUAUUUAUACUUUUUACCCAGCGCUCGAUUUCCAGGUGCUCUUUCUUAACUAAUACAUAAUUGUGCCUAAUUAGUUGUAUAAUAUGUUUUCUACUUCAUUGCAAGAUUUCUUAUAUUUUCUGAAUUAUUUUUGACAUGCAGUGUAAUUUUUGGUUUGCAAUUGUAAUUGGUGCAUGUAAUUUAUAGGUACAAUAUUUGUGGUUAAUUUUCCUUAGUUUAUGUUUGCCACACAAAGUUUUUCUUCACUUGUGGAAUUAGAUUGAUUGAAUGUGUACGAAAUGAUUCGUAGAUUUGGAAUCGUUUUGUUAGUCUAUUUGUUUUGAAAUUUAUUAUGAUAUUAAUGGACUGUCUCAGAUUAAUAAUUUAUGAAAGUUACUGGUAGAACACAAAAAAUGCAAUACAUUUAUGAUGGCAAGUUUACUUCUAUAAUUAAUAUAUACACCUGUAAGUAUAAUUUAUAUACCUAAUGAAAUACUCAAACUUAUUCUAAUCCAGUCUUUGUAUUAAUAAACUGACUUGGUUUUUUAGCAACAGAAAAAUAAACACAGUAUUUAUUCAA